CAAGCCAUAUCCUACAGCAUCGCGCUCACCAUGGCGGCCAUCGCCUCCUCUUCACGAUCUACAGCCUCUGGCAUUAUGCUUCGCUCCACCGCCGCAUCAUGCAGCACCUCGCCAGCAUCCCUGAUUCGAGCAUUUUCCUCCUCCUCACCUCUUGCCUAUGAUACAAAAUAUGUGAAUCCGUGGAAGAAGAAGGCUCAUCUCCGACCUCCUCCAUCCAUCCCACCGCCCUUACCAGCUUUGUUCAGACAGACUGUCUCAUUAUCUGAUGGAUCAGUAAUCUACACCAACACCACUGCGCCGUCGCCUCAGAUCAUUCGACUCACUCGAGACGUCACGAAUAAUCCUGUUUGGUCUCCUGGAAUUCGAGCCAGAGGAGCCGAGGAAGAUCAAGAAGGAGCCGUUGGACGAUUCAAGCGACGAUUCGAAGGUAUGGAUCUGGGUUCUUCCGAGUCACCUGCAACAUCGAAAGGCGGAGAGGGCGGAUCCGCCCAGGCUCAAUCGGACGAUGACUUGUCCUGGAUGUCAGAGGGAGGAAGGGAGGAGAAGGCUCCAAAGAUACCGGAGAAGAAGGUCACUACCACCAAGGGCAAGAAGAAGUAGAGGGCAGCUUGGAUGGUUGGUACGCUGGUCACUUUGCAUCACGGCUA